AUGGGUCACUCCAUUUUAUACCUUCUUGUUUUAUCUUUUCUUGUUUUCACUUUGUUGCUGAGUACUGGUCAUGCCAGCAAACAGUGCUACAUUGUUUACUUGGGAGCACAUUCUCAUGGUCCAACCCCUUCAUCUGUUGACCUUGAAACUGCAACAUAUUCUCAUUAUGAUUUACUGGGUUCAAUCUUGGGAAGCCAUGAGAAGGCCAAAGAAGCAAUUAUUUAUUCAUACAAUAGACACAUCAAUGGCUUUGCAGCUGUUCUUGAAGAGGAAGAAGCAGCACAUAUUAUAAAAAAGCCAAACGUUAUAUCUGUGUUCUUGAGCAAAGAGUAUAAACUGCACACUACCCGUUCAUAUGAGUUUCUUGGACUGCAAAGAAAUGGUAUGAACUCAGCAUGGCAAAAGGGAAGAUUUGGUGAAAAUACAAUUAUCGCUAACAUUGAUACAGGAGUUUGGCCAGAAUCCAAAAGUUUUAGGGACGAUGGAAUAGGCCCUGUCCCAGCAAAAUGGCGUGGGGGUAAUGUCUGUCAAAUUGACAAACUCCGGGAUUCAAAGAAUGUUCCAUGUAACAGGAAGCUAAUUGGAGCAAGAUUCUUCAGCAAAGCUUAUGAGGCAUUUAACGGCAAACUUCCCACAUCACAACAAACAGCACGUGACUUUGUAGGACAUGGUACACAUACUCUAUCAACCGCAGGUGGCAAUUUUGUUCCUGGUGCAAGUGUCUUUGGUAAUGCUAAUGGCACUGCAAAGGGUGGAUCCCCAAGAGCAAGAGUUGCAACCUACAAAGUGUGUUGGUCUCUAACCGAUGCUGCAAGCUGCUAUGGUGCGGAUGUGUUAGCGGCUAUUGACCAAGCCAUAAGUGAUGGUGUUGAUUUGAUAUCCAUUUCUGCUGGAGGCCGAACAAGUCUUAGUCCCGAAGAUAUAUUUACAGAUGAAAUUUCCAUAGGGGGAUUCCAUGCACUUGCUAGAAAUAUAUUAUUAGUUGCAUCUGCAGGGAAUGAUGGACCAACACCUGGAACUGUUUUGAAUGUUGCUCCAUGGCUAUUCACAGUUGCUGCUAGCACAAUAGAUAGGGACAUCAGCAGUACUUUAACUUUUGGUAACAAUCAACAAAUCACGGGAGCCAGUCUUUUUGUAAACAUACCACCUAACCAGUCCUUUACUCUGAUCCUUGCUGCUGAUGCUAAACUUGCCAAUGCGACAAAACGUGAUGCUCAACUUUGUAAGGCUGGAACACUUGAUCCUGCAAAAGUAAAUGGCAAAAUAGUGAGAUGCCUUCGAGAAGGAAAAAUAAAAUCAGUUGCUGAGGGUCAGGAAGCUUUAUCUGCAGGCGCAAAGGGAAUGAUUUUGGAAAAUCAAAAGCAAAAUGGGAAUACACUUCUUUCUGAGCCUCAUGUUUUAUCUACUGUGGCCUAUGCAGACAGUCGAGGUCGAAUAACAAAUCCUCCGAGAAGUUUUGACUUAACUGCCACGGACUCUACAAUAAGCUCGUUUACUACAAUAAGGAUGUCCCCAGCAAAAACUUUCAAUAGAAGAAAGCCAGCUCCAGUUAUGGCUUCAUUCUCAUCUAGAGGACCCAAUACGAUUCAGCCAUCAAUACUCAAGCCUGAUAUAACUGCACCAGGUGUGAACAUACUUGCUGCCUAUUCACCUGCCGCAAGUGCAUCUGACCUACCAUCAGACACUCGCCGAGGAUUUCCGUUCAAUGUACUCCAAGGAACUUCUAUGUCUUGUCCUCAUAUUACUGGCAUUGCUGGACUUCUCAAAACACUUCAUCCUAGUUGGAGUCCUGCAGCUAUUAAAUCAGCAAUCAUGACCUCAGCAACCACACUGGAUAACACCAAUAGACCAAUUAGGGAUGCAUUUGAGAACACAUCAGCAACUCCAUUCGCUUAUGGUUCAGGACAUGUUCAACCUGACCUUGCUAUAGAUCCUGGACUUGUUUAUGAUCUAGGCCUUACUGAUUACUUGAACUUCUUAUGUGCUUCUGGAUAUGACCGGCAACUCAUUUCCGCACUUAAUUUCAAUAGGGCCUUUGUUUGUUCAAGAUCUCAGAGCAUAACAAACUUGAACUACCCUUCAAUCACAUUGCCAAAUCUUGGGUUAAAUGCAGUAAAUGUUACUCGUACGGUCACCAAUGUUGGGACACCAAGUACAUAUUUUGCAAAUGCCCAAUUGCCUGGAUAUAACAUUGUUGUUGUACCGAAUACCUUGAGUUUCAAGAAAAUUGGUGAAAAGAAGACAUUCCAGGUGAUUGUGCAAGCAAGGAGUGUGACUAAGAGGGGAACUUAUCAAUUUGGGGAACUAAGAUGGACAAAUGGAAAGCACAUAGUCAGAAGUCCUAUAACAAUUCGGCGCAUAUGA